AGUACUAGGGAGACCAUAGGGACUCUUUUAUUAAAAUAACUAAAGAUGAAUUUUACUCUAAAUAUUUCCUGAUUUUCCCAGCAGGGUGGAUGGUUCUCACCACCUAGAAAGCAUGCCUAUGAAUGUGUGAUGUUUUCGCACACUUAGCGACAAAAGGUGUAUUGAUCACGUCCUCACUUUUGUGCAUCGACGUGGCUAGAUGAGGAAAGAGCUUCAUUUGGACAAUCACAAUAAAGGCAUCAAUUCUCUGAUUCUAAUGGAGUCAGGGGUAGAUAGAGAAACAGCAACACAUACAGAAGCUCAGGAGGUGCCAGUUGCAUCUUUAUAUCCUGAUUGGACAAGCUCUAUUCCGGCUUAUUAUAGUGCUGCUGCUACACCUCCCUUCUUUCCAUCAACUGUUGCUUCUCAUACUCCCCAUACCCAUAUGUGGGGAGGCCAGCCUCUAAUGUCGCCUUAUGGGACUCCGGUUUCAUAUCCUGCUAUGUAUGCUCCUGGUGCAGUCUAUGCUCAUCCCAAUAUCGCAAUGGCUCCAAGUCAAAUGCAGGCAAAUGAAGACUCAGACGCAAAGGCAUCAGAAGGGAAGAUAAAGUCUUCUGGGAAGAAACCAAAGAAAAUUUCUGGUGAUAAGGCGGGAGAUAGAACCAGAGAAGCUUCUGGAUCGGGAUAUGAUGGUACCACCCAAAGUGCUGAAAGUGGAAGCGAUGGCUCUUCUGAUGAUGAGAGCGAUGAGAACAAUAACAAUGAGUUAUCUGCUUCUAAGAAGGGAAGCUUUGAUCAAAUGCUAGCGGAUGGUGCUGCCCAUGCUCAGAACAGUCCUGUCUUGCAUGUGCCUGCAACUAAUUUGAACAUAGGAAUGAACUUGUGGAGUUCUUCAGUGGGCCCUGGAGCCAACACAAUGCUGCCAAAUGCUUCUGGAAUUUCACAGGGUGUGGUCUUUACUCCUGUGAUGGGGCGCGAAGGAAUGAUGCCAGAACAGUGGAUUCCGGAUGAACGUGAACUGAAAAGACAAAAGAGGAAACAAUCUAACCGGGAGUCGGCUAGAAGAUCAAGAAUGCGCAAACAGGCGGAAUGUGAGGAGCUACAAAAUACGGUGGCCACACUGAGCAAAGAGAACCUGUCACUUAAGGAGGAGGUGCAAAGGUUUUCAAAGGAAUGUGCGAGGCUUGCUCUUGAGAACAACUCCUUAAAGUUUGCAAAUUAGUUAGUUACUCUCAUGUCCCGCAAAAAGGUUUCAUUUUAAAAGUUUUUAGGAAGAACUAAUGAAGACUGCGCACGGUGUUCCAUAAGUUGUGCCUAAGGUUGGGGUCAUUGGAAGCACGGCGGCGGAUGUGCAGACUAACAACAGCCCCAAAUAACAGAAAAUCAUAUACUCCAGUCCAUAUAUAAACAACAGUCAAAGUAAGGUAAUGUUGUUUACCAUUGGUGGGAGAAGCUUGUGGAUUUUAUUAUAGGAACAAAUAGAUUUGAGCUGAGGUU